AUGGAGGUGAAGGUGGACGCGGCGCUUCUGAGCCGCUUGCACAGGCGAGCCAAAGCUGCUUGCGACAGGCGCCAAGAAUCCGCGGACCUUCGCGUUACAGCCGACUGGCUCCGAUGCGCCGCGAAGCGAAGAGGCCGAGCUUCGCGGAAAAGGGGACUCUAG